AUGGACACUGUUCAGUGCAGAUGUAAGAAUUGCCAGGCGAACUUGGCCAAGUUUGCCAACUUGUGGACUCAAAUCGGGAAGUCAUAUUUCAGUCCAGUCCUAGAAGCCAAAGGCGACGUCAAAAUAGUCGACGUUGAGCCCAUCAGAAAGGGGGAGCCACAAACGUUGGUGGCUGAAUGCGAAUUAAAGGACAUCGCAUGCGCGAAAUGCCAACAAGUUAUUGGAAUCAAAUGUUUGAGCAGUCCGGUGAACCAUGUGUUCGACGACUCGCAAAUUCUUCUGCGGCAAAAUUCAGUCCUAUUUCUCGACAGAAAAAGCAAUCCGUCAGAAUUGAGGGUACGCCGUACGCUGGAUCUGAGACCACCAGAAGAGAGUCAACCGAGCUACUAUCACGACUCCGGCUUGAGCGACGGGCAUGCCUCGAUGGCUUCUGAAUCCAUCGACCUGCUUGACAUACAAGCUGACCUUGAAACACAGCGCGAAGAUAUUGAAAGGAUUGACACUGCAGGGUACCAUGUGGUAUCUCAAUUCAAUGACACCAUAACUCGGAUUGACCGCGAGGUCAAGAAGCUCAACGGGACCAUGGUGGAUCUGCGACGAGACAUCGACAAUCACGCGGCGGACAUUUUUACUGUCAAGAAAGACGUGGUGAACAUGAGACAGUCUCUCCACCAAGACUCUCUUACAUCGCCAUUGCACAGUAAGCUUCAGACAGCAAGCGCUGCCGUUGCAGAGAUGGGAAAGCUUUGUCAGGAUGCACAAGUUGAAACAGAAAAGCUCAAUCAAGAAGUCCAUACCACUAAAUACCAUCUACAACAACUUGAGACUGCCUCGUCAAAUCUUCGACAGGAGCUUGCAAGUGCAAGGAAAGCUACAAAGGAUGCACUUGGUAUCGCCAAGGACACUGCCAAAGAAACGGCGAAUAUACGGAUGGAGUUGGCCAAAUUGAAAGAAAACCUGGAGACUCACCACCGGAAGAACGACCCGAAACCGGGGUUCUUGAUGCCGAGAGAACUGGACAUCCUCGCCAGUAAUAUCACGAAAAUUGGAAACAGAGCAAACCAAGUGGAGUCGUUGCAGAUGGAACUUGACCUCUUCAAAAGCCGGGUCCAGCGGUUAGAAGCCAGGGUCGAGACUUCUACGCGGGGAAGGGAUGACCACCCGCCCAAAUCAGUCUCACCCAAGACCUACCCUGACGCUUUGGGGAUUGCAGACAGCCCGGUCAAGACAACAACAUUGCAGCACGAGGUCCAGGCACCAAGCCAGUUGACCGAGGAGCCAAUGCCAAAGGCUACCCAACCUCGAGCUCGCAAAAGACGAGCAGCUCCCGAGCCAGCUGACGACCAAGGAACUGCCCAUUCGAAAUUGACGAAAUCAGGUGCUAUUGACAAGAGAAGAACCAAGAGAUCGAAGCAAGAUUCUUUUACUGACGAACUCAACUCAAUUGGUCCCCCUGCAGGCGGAAGACGAACUAGAAGCUCCAACUGUUAA